AAUGUUGGAACAUAAGUCGUAUGUGUAAGCAACCUUUAUUUUGAAAAGCCAGCCUUUAUUUCAGAGAAAUUAUCCAGGAAGUAGCUGAAAAUGUUUGUUUAUAAAAAAUAGUGUAACGUCUAUGGCCUUAACUGUGUAGUCUCAAGACGUUGACUAAGCACUUAGUUUCAAAUUACUAUAACAUAAGUGUUUAACAUUGACAUAGUGCAAAGGACAUGUACGAUACGGUCGCCUUUAACGCUCAGCUAGCCUCCAUCAUUGAGGUUUUGGCAAAUGCAGCCGUUGCCGAAAUCUGCAAACUUGUAGAUGAUGACCAUGCUGCCUUACGUUUGGAAAUUUCCCAUAGUCAGAGAGAAAUCGAUAACCUGCGUAGGAAGUUGCUGCUGACAAAAUUCCAGCAUUCUCGACGAAGCGCAGAGAAAUUCGGAGCCCUCCGACACACUGUCAGCAAGCGGGACACAGAUCUUGUUGCCCGGGCAAGAGGGAGCUUCCAAGUGGAGAAUCGCUGUGCCGAGCGUAAAGGGAGAAAUUUUACGCAGGAUGCCACCAACUGGAGAGACGCAGGACGCACAGCGACAGACAAGGAUGUGGGCAUGCCGAUGGCAGAUAUGCAAGGGAUGCCUCUUAUCAAAAUGGAGAACCUUGACACCAGCAGCCCGGAAGAGAUUGUCCAACCAGUCAGUGAGAGCAGUGAGAAGAUUGUGCCAGAACCAGGUUCUUCAUCCUCUACUGAACCCACAGACCUUCUGGACCAGCAGGGCAACAGACACAGAGCUCCAGACACCUCAGUCAAUAUUGAACCUGAAAACCAGACGUUCCAGCAUCCAGCGUCACAAUACAACAGAACAAGACAGGACCAUCAGGUUGCUGAGGGUGUGACCUGGGAAACUGACCAUCAACCCAUAGAAUACAGCCUGUCCCAAUGGACAGAGAACCAAGAGACUGACAACCCAACUGUGAAUGCUCCUCAUAAUUUAGGGCCAGACUCCAAAAUGCUGUCUGAACAUCCAGAGAGGAGAGGAGUGACUGGUAACUCUGGGGUCUACAUGUCUGCUUUGGGCUCUCUGGACUGGGUGCCUGAUGUAGUGCUGGUGGACUCAGUUCCCAUUAAAGUGGAGGCAGAUAUGAGUUCAGAAUGGAGCAUAACUGGCCAAGAGGCGACAUCUGGAGAGGUUUGUUCAGAAAACAGGCAGCUUGUAGACAACAGAGGAAGAGGGAGAAUGGAGUCUGGACAGACAAAGUGUCCCCCUGACACUCAACAUGCAGAGCAAGGGACAACUGUAGGAUCAAGGUCCAAGAUGUCAGAUUUCAACGGACUGUCCACCCGAAACAGCUUUUCAUCCCCAAGGGUUACCCUCCACCAGGUUCCCCAAAGAGGGAAGCCAGCCCCCUUCCCGAAUUUCAGCAGAGGCUCCACUUCUUCAUUGAAAGGCAUAGAAAAGCAGCAACAACAGCUGACGUCUCACUCCACCCAGAGGCAGCUCCGGUGCAGCCUCUGCGGAAAGCUCUUCCCCAAGCCGGCACACCUGCAGAGGCACAUGCGGGUCCAUACGGGUGAGAAACCGUACGGCUGCAGCCACUGCACCAAGCGCUUCUCCCACAGCCACCAGCUGAAGAUGCAUGAGAGGGUGCACACCGGAGAGAAACCGUUUCAAUGUGUCUACUGUGGGAAGUGCUUCACCCAGUCUGGCCACAUGAAGAAGCAUCUCCUUGUCCACACUGGUGGCAGGCCACAGGAUAUUAUGCUGCCCUGAGUGUUCCAAGGUGAAGUUUCCCCUAGGUACAGAUCUUGGAUCAGUUUCCUCUCCCCAAUCCUAACCUUAAACAUUUGUCCUAAAAAAAUGCAGAACUGCCCCAAGAUCAGCAUCUAGGGGCAACUUCACAAUAAUGAUAGGCAGGGCCAGGAGUUUUCCCUCACCAUGUGACCAGACCAGGGAAUAAUUCCUGUCCCUAGUUGUAAGGGGAAUGGCUCCACACUAUUGGGGUUUUCAUAUGAAGACUGGGUCCAUGUGUUUUUGUAUUGUUUCAUUGGAAGUAUUUAAGUUUUCUUGUUUUUCAAUCAACAAACAAAACAAUCCACAUUCACAGAUGUGGCAGAAAUAAAAAAAUAAACAAACAACAAAUUUUCAGCAGUACUAUCCGUGAACGUGUUUGCCAUUUCCAGCUUUAACUGAGACAACGAGCAAAUAACUUGUUUUACAGCAUGUAUAUACACACAUUUCCUUAAUCUCCCCAUUCUGUCCAGUUUGAAAUAUAGUUGAGUAGUGGAGACCAGAGUCAAUUGAACCUGCGCCGUCUCUCGCGGAGGUCACAAGUGAGCUUUUCAAGAGGAAGAAAGUCAACAACCUGGUCAAUCCACAUUUUAAAUUGAGGACAGGAGCAGAAUUGGUGGAA